AGAUUGUGCUCAUUUGCAGACAUGACAUGUUGGGUAACAAAUAGUGUAAAUAACAGUGUGCAAACAUGCACUUAAAGUCAUUAAUUGCAACUGGAUAGUCCAGAGGUUCCACCAGUGAUUCUUGCUAUCUUUUCACAUUGAGCCCAGAACAUGAAACAGAGACAAGUUGUCUCAGUCAGACCAGAUCCAGAUAGGUAGGAUGUUUUAAUCCUGCUUAUACUGGUGCUAUUCUCCCGUCUGACAACUGCAGCCGUUCAGUUGUGCCUCUAUCGCCUGUUGGAGAAUGCAGUGAAUCAAUAUUGAAUAUCUGUCGGCUGCCUCGCUACAUCUGCUCCGUCAGUUGUCACUUCCUUCACCCACUGAAGAAACACAAGUUUCACAGCUCUUGUUUCCUUGCGCAACAUUUCUCUUAACAUACAGCCAUAGUAUAGGGUGACUGAAAUAUUUUUUUCCUGUUCAUGCUGUAGUAGAAACUUCUGCAGAAUGACUGUUGCUUGACAGACAGGAUUUAUAGAUAGCAACAUUUUGCUUCUCAACUUUUAUUUUUAGCUAACUGGGUCUUUAGACUCUUCUUGCUUGUGGCAGAACUUAGUACUUUUGAAGAAAAUUUUAUAGCUCAGCCAUUUGACCAGUUGAGUGCUGCAGUGAGGAGCUGCAGGGUGUCAGCUGCAUGCUAAUAGCUACUUGUUGGGCGUGUAGUUGAGGAAUACGAAGACUGAGGGCAAUUUAUCUUCUUGUUUUUCUUCAAACUGCAUCUCAGAUGAUCAUCCAGGCUUCAUCAUGAUGACUCUUUUUGAUCACAGGUCUUUGUAGUCUGUCACCGAUCCCUUGUACUCCCACCUUUGCUUUCACUGCUCGUGCCUCACUGAACGCUGUGCCACUCAGCACUGCUGCUGCCUUUGGUUUCCCCCUAACUGCAGGAAAAACCAUUGAGACAAGAGAGAGGCCUCUGUCUCCAGAAGUGCAGCCGACCUCUGACUGCAUGUCUCAGAGCUCUGACUGCCCCCCAUUCCUCCUCCACCUUCCACUUCUUCUCAAGGACCCACAUUUCCACAUAACAAUAACCACCAAACCUCCAGCCAGCUGCUAGCUGCUUCCUCACAGACGCUGCUGGUAGUUGCUCGCUCCCUGGGCAGAAGGAUUGACUGUUGUCCCCACUGACUGACCCCCGACUGGUGUUCCUUCAGCGGGGGAGGGAGGGGAAGGAAGGCAGCUGAACGCCGUGCCGCUUUCCCUGGAGAUGAAGCUGCAGGCCGUCAUGGAGAACCUGCACAGGCAGCAGAGGGCCAAACUGCUGAUGGAGCAGCAGCUACAGCAGCAAGCUGCUGCCCAGCACACUCAAAUCCGCGCAGGUGGAGGAGGGGGGGAUGAGCCGAUGGGGAGCCCAGCCCCUGAGGCAGAGCAGGCCCAGAUUGUGGCACUGGCAGCCAUGCGAGCAGCGGCCGCUGGGCUGCAGAGGGUGUCGGACAGCCCGAUGUCGGAACGCAGCAGCGGCGGCGAGGAGGAAGGUGAUGACGAUGACAACGAAGAAGGGGAGGAGCAAUACAAGGACAUGAUGGGGUCAGAUGAGGAAGAGCAGAUCAAACAGAAAUGGGAUGAGGAGGACUUCGAAGGCGAGAUGGAAGAAGACUUUGAUGAUGACCUGGCAGAGGAAGGUCUGCCAACAGGCCAUGAUGCUGUGGCCCCUGGGAAAGGCAUUCUCCUGUUGCCCCACCGACAGCUCCACCCUCACUCCCAGCUGCUGAAGGCCCGCCCCAGUGUCGACCAGGAGCCCCGCGUAGCUAUCCUGCCUCCCCUCGCCACGCACAGCCACCUGGGUGGGCAGGACCACGGAGAAUGGACCUAUGAGGAGCAGUUCAGACAGCUGUAUGAACUGGACGGAGAUCCAAAGAGAAAGGAGUUUCUGGACGACCUCUUCAGCUUCAUGCAAAAAAGAGGAACCCCGGUGAAUCGUAUUCCCAUCAUGGCCAAACAGGUCCUGGAUCUCUACAUGCUCUACAGGCUGGUGACGGAGAAGGGCGGCCUGGUGGAGGUCAUCAACAAGAAACUGUGGAGGGAGAUCACCAAGGGACUCAACCUGCCUACCUCAAUCACCAGUGCAGCCUUCACCCUUCGCACACAAUACAUGAAGUACCUGUACCCGUAUGAAUGUGAUAAGAGGGGUCUGAGCAACCCCAACGAGCUCCAGGCGGCCAUCGACAGUAACCGGCGAGAGGGCCGACGACAGAGCUUUGGCAGCUCCCUCUUCACCUACUCGCCCAAUGGGACACCCACCAUGCUGUCCUCGCCGAAGCUCCCCACGGCCAGUGUGGGCCUGACGGUGGGCACCAAUGGGGCCUCGCUAACCCCCAUCCAGAAGAUCAAGAAAGAAGAGGAGGGAGGCCAGCCGCUGCCAGGGGUUGGUGUGGCUCGUUUGCCGGCAGGGGCCUUGGCCGGUCACUCAGUGGCUGCCGUGCAGGCGGCAGCGGCCCAGGCGGCGAUGGCGGCUCAGGUGGCAGCUCUGGAGCAGCUGAGGGACAAACUGGAGGCCGGCGAGCCUCCAGAGAAGAAGAUGGCGCUGCCGGCUGAGGAACACCACCGACUGCUGCAGAGAGCGCUGCAACACAACCUGCUGGCCAUGACCGCCCAGAUACCCAUGAACAUCCGCAUCAAUAACCAAGACAGCAGGCAGGACUCAGCCCUGAACCUCACCACCAACGGCACAAGCAGCAUCAGCAUGUCAGUGGAGCUGAAUGGAGUGGUGUACACUGGCGUUCUUUUUGCUCAGGCAGCAGCAGGGUCGGCCUCAUCCGCUGCGUCUGGAUUGUCCGUCUCCAACAAGGCAGUCAGCGGCGGUCGUGUCGUCCCUCAGCAGCAGCAACACACACCUACCUCAACCUCAACCUCCAGCAACCCGUUGUCUUAACAAACCCCCCUGGCCUUUCUCACUCUUUUAUUUUAUUUUUUGAUUACCACGCUAAGUAAAGCCAAAAAUCAACCUCAUUUUCUACUUCAUCUAUGCCAAAAAAGAGAAGAACCGUAAACCGUACAGAAAGACACAAACUGAAACUCAGAUCACUUGAAGUACACUAUCUCAGGUUUUCUCUCAACAACUCACCUCUUUUGUUCUUCAUAGCCAAAAUAAUUUUGAAAGAAAAAAAUAUUAUCCCAACCGAGAGCCAGUAUAUGCUAAACAAAUAUAUAUGCACAACCUGUGAAUUAUUUAUUACUGCAUACAUGUACAGAUUAUUGGAGAACAAAAGAGAAGGUAAUAACCAGGAAGGGCAAUGCACUGUUUACACACACAAACACAGCUACUGACUGACAGCGAUGUUUUAUCCUCUAGGAGAGAGAUUUUUUAAUUUUAUUUUAACUUUUCAUUGUUAUUAUUGUUAUUCUCUAUUGUGUUUAUCAUUUAAAUCUUUAACAAUCCUCUUACUGCAGGAGAAAGAAUCUAUAUAUUUAGAAUUCUAUAAAAGAAAAAAAAGAAAAUAUGAAUAUCCUCUAUUUUUAAUCAGAAAAGCUUUAAAGGUAUAUGUUGUUUCUUCAGGGCAUAUAACAAUGUACCGUUGUGACCUCAUUUUGUGUAAAACCUUGUAACCUUACUCACAUGGCAGCCAGUUUUGGAUCUCUGUGUGGAAGAGUGAGUCAGGUGCAGGUCUGCACUCCUGUUGUGUACUGAGAUACACGUCAUAUCUAUGCCGCAGAUUUCAGUUUGAAAUGGCUGGGAUCUCAAGAAUCUGCGAGGAUAUCGGUGGACUCUUAUAUUUGGUCCAUCGCUGAUCGCCACCAGAGUCCAGGCGGCUGAUGUCCCUGCUGAACUCGAGCAGUUGUUGUGGUUGCUCUUCCUGAGGCGGCUGGCUACCUGUUUUGUUGACAUAAGGCCAGUUUAGUACGUAUCUAUGCUCGGCGCAGGUAGAGCAUCAAAAGUGGCUGCGAGUGAGGUCAGUCGGUGCCAGGCGUGUGCCAGACUGUUCCUGUCGCUGUCCCAGCCGGGGUUCAGGUUUUACGCAAAUAGCAUGUUUUCCACUGUUCUCAGGUUGUCCAACUCCACUCAUCACUUUGUAACAAUAUUCCAUUGGUCUUUUUCAAUGUCUUUCCCUGCAGAAAGACCAGUUUUUAUCUUUUUUAUGACUUGGCCUUCUUAGUGGAGUGAUUGUCUUAAGGUCAGAUGCAUGCAUGUAUUUGUAGAUAAAAGCCCUUUCGGCAGGCAGGAAAACGCUUUGAUUUCCAGUCUUGAAUUAACAGAACUGUUGUGGAGACACUCACAUGGACAAUCAGGUGUCAGGAGACGCAGUCCUGACACUUAUUUCAGCUCAUAUCUGACGUUUUGUUGGGUUUUUUUUCCCCUUGUAUCAUAGGUUAUUUUAAUUUUUUGUUUCAGCUUUGUGUUUUUGCAUGACUUAGUGCUUAUUCUGAUCCAAGUGCUUCUUAUCCUGUGCUGAGACAAGGAGUGGGUCCUCUUUGAGACUAACUCGCCAUCUAUCAAGGAUAAUGCAGAGAAUGUCUUGUGAUCCUCUGACUGUUUUUAGAUGUCGCUUAAUCAACUGGGGCUUUCUGAUGAUAUAAGAUCAGAGGUAAUCAUAGUUGCGGCUGAGCGCUUGCUUGUGUCUUAGUGUUUGUAAAAAACACCUGCUGCAGUUGGAUUCGUAAAAGGUUAUGGAGACACUGCGUCACCUCAUAAGUAGCUGUGUCUCUGCAUUUUCAAGUAGAUCAGUUAUUCAGCUUUUUGAACUUUAACCUGUGUUACCUUUGUGGACUGUUCGCUGUCAAAGAUUGUUACUCAACACCCUUCCCCCUCCUCCCCUCUCCCUCUCCUACACAAAGCAGCCUCAUUCCUACCAACGUUAGGAAGUAAAUCAGGCUUUGUAUGUGGGUUCUGUUCUGAGGCCUUAACGCAGCAUGAGAUGACCAGAGAGCGAGCGGUACCUCCGUCUAAUCAGGUUAUUUUACUGUUCCAGUCAAAUAUCACCAGAUGGCUGUUGUGGCUUUGAUUCUGGACUCGCCUCCCGGUGGGAAGUCGCCACCAGCUGCUACACAAACACUGGUCAGUUUUGGGAAGUCCUCCAUAUGCUCCAACAGCCAACAACUCCCAGUCAUUCAAAAACACAGUCAUCAGAUGCUUUAAGUUCAGUUAAACAGGGAAAAUAACUUAAUUUAUUUCUUCCGUUCUUCAGUUUUUCCACAGUGUUUGAGGACAAGAGACAAAAAUAGUGACAGAGACUCGUAAUAGGACUCAUUAUGUGUUUUAAAUCCAAAUAACUAAACUAAACUAGCUUUGGACUCACUUAUUCACAUUUAUAAGGCCAGACCGGUUUAAUAAAUGCCAGCCUGUGCCACCUAUAGGCAAGAAAUGUAACAGCAGCAACAGUUUUGACCCGCAGACAAACAUAGAUGUCACCACCUGCAGUCAGUGACGCUACAGCUGCAGUCGAUACAGUUGCUGUUGUAUCUGCGCCACCUGUCAGCUACACUAACUAAUGAUCAGAGGCAGAAAAACUUGGGAAUUGGUCUUUGUAGCAGCUCAUACAGGUGCAGAAUAAAAAUGGGAGCAUCAGCAUGUCUCACUAUUCUACUAAUAAACAAGACUAUAUGAAACAGUCAACAUCUGCAGAAUACAGAACUUUGUCAAGCGUUUUAACAAAGCUCAUUUUGCCAGUUUAAAAUAAUAAAUGCAGCACCUCAGACAAAACAAACAGCAGUUAUAAAAAAACCGCUGUUGUAACUUGUUGCCUGCAGGUGGCAGAGCUGUAAGUAGCCACUUUAAGUGCACCUGCAUGUCUGAAACUGCUUCCCUCAUAGAGUGAACACUAAUGGACGGAAAAUCAGCAGGCUAGCAGGACGACUAAAGCUAGGUUGAGCUACGAUAGCAUCUAUGCCAGGCAGCAAAACCUAGAUAAAUGUUUCCUCCUCUCCCUAUGUCUGCAUUUUCUCUCUGGGUAUCAGUCAACGCUUGUUAAAAACUGCAACUCUUGGGCUCUGACCACAGAGAUUUAUUUCAACCAAUGAAACUGUUUGGGGUUUUUUUUAUGUCUGAGAAACAUUUGCAGAACUGAAACUCCGUUCUCAGUUUGUGCAAGAGUCUGUCAGCAGCCUUACAUCAAUGGGAGAUAAUACAAAACCAGGUUCCUUCUGUAUUUAUGAGUAGCUCACUCUGUAUCAGUGAAGAAGUCAUUUUUUUAAGAAGUCAUUUUAAAGAUACAGGACACACACAUGUAGCCAGAUACUGUUUACACAUUGAAUUUAGUUAGAGCUAGUUGUUGUGCAGCUGUGAGGUCAGCCAGCGAGACCGACCAGACCUUAACCAUUUUGCCUUGAAAUAUUGAUCAGGUUCUCAUUGUAGAUCAGAGUGAAAAACAUAGGUAAUAUGUUGAACAGACAUUGACUUCUGGCUGCUGCCAUGUUGACAGUUGACAUGAGUCAGUACAGACACACACUAAGGCCAGUCUUUACACUUUGAUAGACACAUUUAUCCAAAGCAUUAUACAGCGUAGCUACAUAUUUAUCUUGAAAUCUUUACAGUCUGGGUCUGACAGUUUCAGCAGCAACAUUCGCUAAACUAAUUACAAAUCUAAUUUAGCUUCAUUGAUUUAUUCUGACUAUCUGUAGGCUUUAGAUAGCUGUGUUAAGACUGGACGCUCUCAUCCAUCCUGCUUUAGAGAUCAGUAACUACAGAAACAACAUUUUGCUCUAGCUCUCUUGUACAUUUAAACUAAUUACUAUAACUAAGUUUUAUAAAUUAAUCUUAAAUUAAAUACAUUUAAAGCCACGUGAAGUCAUUUUGAUUUCCAGGCCUGGUUUAUUUAUCUGUUUUUUCCUUUUUUUUCCUCUCUCUCUCAAUUCAAGAUUCAGCGAUUAUCUUAUUAAUGUGGUAUAAAAACCUCAAUUAUUGAGAUUUUUUGAGUGUCAAAGUUUAUUUUGGAAUCAGAGAAAACAGAAAAAUGUGGGUGAAUUAUCUUCAGCUAAAGACUGUCCCACAAGUGAUCCUCAGAGUGGAAACUCUUAGAUUUUAACACUGUUUUUCUCCAGAAAUUAUUAAAAUUUAAUCCAGCUUGACUAAAUAUGUAGUUGCUGUGUUUGAAGGGCAGCAUGGUCUCCACAGUAAUGGUGGUGUAUACAUGCUAUGUUAACCUAUAGGUAAAAUUUAUCAACCUAUAGCUGCAACAAAAAGACCCGGGGUGUAAAAAGAAAGAAAGAAAUUAAUUUUAAGCUCAUUUGCAUUACAGUUACUUUCUCCUCAAUUUCUCUGUUUAAUCAGAAUCAGUUCAUAUAUGACAAUGUGAGAGGAUGAGCCCUGUGUUUCUCUUCUCUCCACGUCUGUAUCUCUUCGUGAGUAGCAGAUGUCACAGUCGUUGGUAAUGGAUGACAAUCAAACGGAGACAUGCUGUGGCUCAGAGCUUCAGUUUGAGGGGGUGAGGCUGCUGGAGAAAGCAAAAUGCAAUCAAUUCUGAUCUAAAAGAAUCAACAUUGCUUCUUAAGAUUUGACCCCGAUGACCCCUCUUGGUCCCUGAGGCCACACUUAAGCACCCGCUCCCCCCCUCAGUGGAUCCAUGUUUAUCGUAUAUCUAUUGACUCAAGAUAUUUGCAUUUGAACAGUGGAUGUACUGCAGCUCUCUUGCUCACAUCUUCAGGGAAGGCUGACAUGUUUUGUUUUUUUUUUUUUAAAUUGCAGCGACAAUCAGGAGACAUUAAGACAACACAGUAUACCUCCAAAACACUUUUACAUCCCUUAAAACCACAAUCAAGCCCUGUUUCUACCUCAAGCACUAGAAAAGCUUUAGCAGAUUUCUUUGCUUCAGCCGUUCGUGCGGGAAAAACAAAUCAAAAUGUUGUUGAAGCUGGUUCAUAAAGAGCUUGGUUCAACUAUGAAAGUGACUGUAAAGACCACAGACAAUCAGAUUCAUCAGCUAAAAGAGACUCACCCCUUUAAUUGAUAACCAUUUUAGUAAUAAAGGAGGAAUCAGUACAGUUGAGAAGCUGUAACCUCUGUAGUACGAGCUCCCCCUAGUGGAUAUUUUUGUUAUGAUGCACAAUCAGUUUAGAUUUCCUCAUUGGGAAAACCUGGAGGUUUGGUUGAAGGCUGCAAAGACUCAGUGUCCUUCAGUAUGACCAUUUGUUCAGUUUUCAUAUCUUCUUCUUGUUCCAGUGUUUCCAGAGUUUUCUUCUUCAUGGAACAUUUAGAUAAUCAAUUGAAUCAGCAGCUUUUAGGAGGGGUUCAAUGUAGGAAUCAGUAAACAAUCAAUAAUCAAACUAUCCUGUCUUGUUUCGCAGUGUCUGUUGUCAGGCAGGUUCACAGAUAUCAGGAAAGAAAGACGAGCUGUGAAAACUGUCUCAACUCUAAAUGAAACCUGAGGUUGUUUCUGAGUCUUGAGAAGCAGAUUUUGGCUCAGGUCGGUAUUUUUUUCCAAAUGCUGCCUUUCUGUCGUGGAAACACCUGCCUCAGGUGUUUGUUUUAUUUUUUAAUCAUCCGAUUAGACGACGCCCGCACAAGACUGUGCAUCUGCAGCUCUUGGCUUUAUUUUGAAUUUGUCAAAGUUACAUUAUUGUUGUGUGGUAGUGCAGUUAAAGACGCUUGGGUUGAUUUAUUUAAAAAAAAAAUAAAUUUAAAAAAAAGGAAAAAAGAAAGGAAAAAAAAAGUCUGUUAGUUUGAUGCAUUCAGGUGCUGUUGUACAGAUCCAGAACGACUCAGCCGGACUCAUUUUCUUACUGCAAAAUGUAUUUUGUUUGUCUUGGAGAAGUAAAUGUAGUUCUGUUCAGGGGUCAACUCUCAGAUCUCGGAUGUCGGGGCUUCCUGUCAGCACGUGUAACCCCCCCCCCGUCACCCUCAACACGUCAUAACUACAAUGACUUUCAGGUGUUUUAUCAUUAAAACAUUGCUGCUUUUUAGUCCCACCACAGCUGUAGUAAGAGCGUCUCGCGUGGAAUAAAAAAAGAAAAAGAAAAAAAAAGGUGACUCUGGACUCCUGUGCCCCACAUUGCUGCCGACGUUGAAAAUUUUACCGGAACAUUUUACGGGUUAAGGUGCAUGUGGCGGGGGUUUUUUUCCGGGUGGGGCGGGGGGCGUUUUGACUGGACUUCGCCACUGACUUGACCUCCAUCAGGUGGACUGUGGAGAAGGGAAAAUGAUGAUGAUGAGGAAAAUAACAAGAUGCCUUCUGCUGUGACAAUUGUUGUAUGAAUUAACCUGUAUUACUAAGAUUCAUUAAAUAGAUUAUUUCUGAAAUAAUGGCUUUUAGGGCUCUGGAUUACAUCAUGUUUAUAUUGUUUGUUUGUUUGUUUGCUCUUUCUUUGCUUUUUUUAAAUGCUGUAGCAACUCCAGCACACAGAGAUUACAUUUAGAGCAGAUUUAUUAAUAUAGAGAUGAUGAAGAUGAUGAUGAUGAUGUGAUUGUUUUAGGGAAGCAUGUGAUGUGUGCAUGUGUGAUGCGUGUGUGUAUGUAUGUGUGUGUGUGGGCUUCACAUGUGUCAUCUUCAGAACUGAAACAAGGCUCUGUCUCGUGUCUCCUACAACUUCUUCUCAGGAAAAUCUACCUCUACCUCCAGUCUGAUGCAUUUAACCCCAGUGAGGGCUCAAUGUUACAGUGUAGUGGGAUACACGACAAGGGCGCGAGGGCUGACACCGGGCUCCAAAAUGAACUGUAACGCACCAGAGUAUAGCCUAGUCCAGAGUCAGAGUUUCCUAAUAAUACACAUGAGAUUGUAUUUAUAACUUCACAUUGGCUGGAUAUAAAUAUAUUGAUAUUUCUUUUGGUGAAGAAAAUGUUCAUUUUGGACGCUGAGAUGUCUCUCUCUCUCUCUCUCCGCCUCUCUCUCUGUGUGUGUGUGUGGUGUGUUACAGGUUGGUAACACUUCUGCUGUUUAGUUUAUCUGAGCGCCAUCAACAGGGAAACCUCCCCCUUUGGCUCAACGGCUAAAUACUACUAGUACUACAACAAGUACUGCCUCUAGUACCACUGUUAGUACUGCAGCUCUUUUUUCAGUCUGUUCUAUUAUUGUGUGCUUAUUCCUCCUCCUCUUUUAUUUUCUAUAUAUGAUUACAUUCUUCAUGAAUGGGAUCCCCCAUGCCGGUAACCAUGGCAACAGUGAAGUGGCGGUGGCCAAUGCAACUGUUUUCUUUUUGUUCAUUGUUUUUUCCCCCUU